AUGGAGCAUCUCAACCAACACCCAGACAAGUAUGAGCUAGAUAUUGACUCCCCUAUCGACUCUCGCAGCAAUGAAUCCGACGACACAAUUGAACAAAUCAACUCUCUCGAACUUACCCGUAUCAACACCUAUCGACUGCAACAGAAAACAACAGUAGGCUCUACGAGAGGGCCUACUCCCCGUGACAGAUGGCUUCCUAUGGGUGCCAACAAAGACUAUCCACCUCUACUCCCGGACUCUGAAGACUACGUCGUGGAGUUUGAUGGAGCCAAUGAUCCGUUACAUCCAUACAACUGGUCUACACCUAGGCGAAUAAUGCUAGUUUGCAUCCUAUGCUAUGGUACCUUCGCCGGAUCGUUUACCAGCGCUGUCUUCUCGGCAGCUAUCUCUGGCUUCAGCAAGGAAUUCAACACAAGCACCGAAGUUGGCUCACUUGGAGUGACACUCUAUGUCCUUGGAUUCGCAGCCGGGCCAACCAUCUGGGCACCAGGAUCAGAGCUGAUCGGCAGGCGUUGGCCACUAUCUCUCGGACUUUUCGGAUGUGCUAUCUUCACCGUUGCAUGUGCAGUUGCCAAAGAUAUACAAACCAUCAUGAUCUGUCGUUUCUUUGCUGGUCUAUUCUCGGCCAGUCCAAUUUCAGUUGUUCCCGCUGUGUUCGCAGACUUGUUCAACAAUACACAACGGGGUGUCGUCAUGUCAAUUUUCUGCAUGGCGGUGUUCAUCGGACCCUUUUCGGCACCGUUUGUGGGCGGCUUCAUUGCAAUGAGUUCUCUGGGUUGGCGUUGGAUCAUGUAUAUCUCUGCAAUCAUGGUAUUCCUAGGAUUCGUUCUCGUCUUUGCCUUCCUCGAGGAGACUUAUGCUCCAGUCAUCCUCGUCCGCAAGGCAGCUACCCUACGCCGACAGACUCGUAAUUGGGGCAUCCAUGCAAAGCAAGAUGAAGUGGAAGUGGAUCUCGCGGAGCUUCUGCGGAACAACUUUGCCCGACCCCUUGUGAUGUUGGUUAGAGAGCCCAUACUGCUUUUGGUUUCAUUGUACAUCUCCUUCGUCUAUGGCCUCAUAUAUGCUCUGCUAGGAGCAUACCCUGUUGUCUUCCAAGGCGUCUACGGAAUGAGUAUGGGUGUCGGUGGACUUGCGUUUAUCGGUCUCAUUAUCGGCGAACUUCUUGGUGGCGUUUAUAUCCUCUUCAUACAGGGCUCAUAUAAGGCGAAGCUGGCAGCAAACGGUGAUAAGCCUAUCCCCGAAUGGCGCCUUGGGCCAGCGAUUAUAGGAGCUGUGUUUUUUGCAGGGGGAAUGUUUUGCUUCAGGGCUCCUCACUGGAGCGGGGAUCUUUUGAUCUUCUUGCAAUGUUUCAAUUAUAUCGUUGACUGUUAUCCUUCGUUGGCUGCAUCCACUAUUGCCGCGAACACCAUCCUACGAUCAGCUAUUGGCUGCGCGUUCCCUCUUUUCUCCCGGCAAAUGAUGGAGAACCUCGGAGUCCAAUGGGCGGGCACAAUGCUUGGAUGUAUCGCAGUUGUGAUGAUCCCUAUUCCUGUUCUGUUCAAGGUAUACGGUCCAUGGCUGCGAGAGAGGAGUAAAUUGGCAUGCUCGCCGGUUUAUGAUGUUGAAAAGAAACGUUAUGAUGUUUAA